ACGCUAAAAAUUGUUAUCGUCAUUUGUCGUGGAAAUUGGUAAAGUCCAACCACCAUCAUGUUUAAAAAGAUGAAAAAGCAGAUAGAGGAGAAGGAGGCCAAGUCUCCUCUUCGUCCUCCGGAUCAAAAGAAGGGAAUAAACCAGCCCAUCAAGUCCCCAGGUGUCGGAAAUACCAGUACUAGUUCCACUCCAUCCUCGACACCAGAUUCGAAACCUGAUCGGGAUUCCCUAAAUUCAAGGAGGCCCCAGACCCCCAAUGACAAGACACCCAGCGGUGCGGAAGCCAGACCUAGAACCCCUUCCUCCAGCAGUACUACACCAGGAACCCCUAACCAGGGACCUCAGAACAAAGUCAAUACAUCAUCAGCUCCGGAGGCUGAACAAGCCAUCAUCAAACAAUCAACACCCUUGGAAAAUGCUGCAACACCGCCUCGGCCUAAGCAGGGUGCACCCCCAUCCCUGGGUGAAAGUCCCCUCUUCCCUCAGUACCAGGCCCCUACCAGCGUCUAUGAAGCGCCCUCUGAUACAGAGAGCGAGAUGGAAGAAUCGGGAUUGACCAUGGAUUCCAUGAGAAAAGAAGAGCUGUUCCAGCGCUAUAAGCUCAUGGAGAGGAGCUUGGUCAAAUACAGGACAAGAUAUAAGGAGGCCUCAUCAGCAUAUAGAGACUUACAAAAGGAAAAUGAGAAAAUCAAGAAUAUCAUGUCACAAACUCAGGAUAAAGCACUCAGGAGAAUAUCAGAACUCAAAGAGGCAGCUGAACUUGACAGGGGUGCCAAGAUGCACAUGGAAGAAACAUUCCGUUUAUCUCUCGAAGAGAAAGAUGAGAUGGUGAAAGUACUACAAACACAGGUUAAAUUAUUGAAGACAGGAAAGAGUGUUGAUGAGACUGAUAGCUCAGAUAAACCUCCUGCAAGCCCCUCUACCCCAUCAGCCUCAGGGGAGGGUGAUGCUGCUACCAUGGAAACAGUCAACAACCUUAAAGAAAAGGUCAAACGCUUAGAAAACUUGCUUGGAAAAUGUAAAGAAACCAUUGGCAAGAACAAAGAGAGGACAGCCCAGCUUGUUAGUGAGAAAGAAGCUACUGCAAAAGAACUAGAACAAUUAAAGGAGCAGCAUAGUCUGGAGCAAGCCAAGUUUGCCGAGAAACUGAGCAAGGCCAAGGACGAGCUUGACCAGUCCGUCGAGGAGAAGGCCCUGGCCAUUGCAGAAACCAAACAGAUGAUGCACGGUGAGCUUGAAAACAGAGAGCAGCAAAUCUCAGAGCUGAGGAGCAAAGCCCAGGCUGCUGCCAAUGAAGCUGAGAUGCUCAAAGCAGAGGGAGAGAAGAGCAAGAAGCAAAUUGGAGAGCUAAAAGCAGAACUAGAGAAGCAGUUAUCUGAAUCGGAGGCUCGGAGUGAUCAAGAGAAGCAGAGUCUAGCCCAAGAGCUCUCCAGGGGAAAACAAGCCGUCAUUAGUCUCAUGCAGAAGGAGAAGGAUGAUCUGAAGGAGGAGAUGUUGAAGGAGAAAGAAGCAGCAAUCCAGGAGAGAAACAAACAUUGGGAGGUUGUCAUGGAAACAAAACAAAAGGAAUACCAAGAAUCGCUCCAUGCCAAGGAUCGUGAACAUGAACUGGCAUUACAGAGACACACAGAACAACAGCAAAGGAUACUGAAAGAGAAGGAAGCAGAGAUGAUGAUGGCUAUCGAGGAAAGAGAACUUCAGAAAAUGGCCGCCGUCAGCGCACAGGAUAACCAGAAGGACGAACUUCAGAGAAUUAUUGAUUCCAUGAAAUCUGAGAAGUUGGAGCAGGACUCGGCGCUGGAGCGGCUGCAGGAGAAGUACAAGGUAGACACCAAGGAGCUCAGAGACAAGAUAGAAGACAUCGCAUCUAGGAGCAAGGCGGCCAUCGCCAAACUCAGGGCGCAACAGAGUGAGGGUACACAAGAACUCAACCAUAGACACGAGGAAGAGAUGGCCAAUAAGAUUCAAGAGCUUACACAGGAGCAUCGGAACUACGUAGAGGAACUUAGACAGCAGCAUCAGGAGGCCUUAGAAGCUGCCAAUGUGGAAUCAGAGAAACUCUACAAGCAACAGAUGAAUGAUUUGAAACAGAAUCACGAGAAGGUCGUCCAGGAGAAGGUUGAUCAACUCCAGAGCCUGGUUGGAAAAGCUCAGGCAAUGAAGCAAAAGAUCCAGGAUCUGAAUGCACAGAAGCAUGAGAUGGAAGCUAAGAUAGGAGAACUUGAAACGAAGAUUGCUCAAGAAUCCAAUGGUCAUACCAAGCAACUAGAAGAAAAGGACAGAUCUUUGGAUAAGCUUGCCCAAGACCUGGCUGUAGUCAACCAAAAGAACGAGAGCUUAGAAGCAGAACUUGCUGCAAGGGGAAAGGAAAUGGAGUCUGGUAGAGCGGAGCUAUCUGAAAAGUUGGAAUUGGAGCAUAAAGCUAAGGAGGAAAAAGAUGUUGAGAUUGAGAAACUGCGACAAGAGGUGGAGGAAAUCAAGCAGAAAUCUGAUUCCUUGACGCGGGAGAUUGAAUCAAAGAAUGCGGAACAUGAGAAUAAGAUCAGUGAGUAUGAACAGAAGCUUACAUUCCAGGAGGAGAACCAUGAGAAGGAGCUGAGUAGGAGGCUGGAAGCCCUGGAGGUCCAAAAGAACAGUUCUGUCAAUGAAGUUUCUGCAGAACUUGGAAAGAAAUUGGAGGAGGCCAACGAGUCACUGGGGGCCAAGGAGAAGGUUGUUCAGGAUCUGCAGCUCCGGGAGAAGGAGCUUCAGACAGCUAUGGACUCGCUGAAGAAUAAACUGGAAGGAGACCUCAACUCUGCCAAUGAGAUGAUCCAACAAGAGCGGCAGAGGCAUGAGGAAUUGGUUGGACAGCUUAGGAACAAUGCCCAGGAGCUUGCAGAGAAUAAUAAAAGGUGCAGUGAGGAAAUCAAGGAGUUGGAGAGAACAGGAGCGGAGAAGGAUGCUGCCCUUGAGAAGUUGAAAGAAUCUAUAGCGUCAUUGACUCAGAAUGCAGAAGACUUGCAGAGACAGCUUGCAGAUAAUGUUGCAAAGGUGCAAGAAGAGGUGAAUAAGGGAGAAGAAGCAGUAGCUAAGCUUCAAGAAGAGCUUAAUGGAUCAAAGGCAAUGCUUGAAGCUAAGGAAAAGGAGACCAUUGAGACAAAAUCUACCUUUGAAAUUGCUUUGAAGGAGAAAGAUGAUGAAUUGAAUGCUUCAAAGGCAAAGGCGGAUGAUAUCAAUGUGGAACUUGAAAACACAAGGAAAUCACUAGCCAAUGUAGAACUUAAUUUUGCCAAAACAUCAGAGUCUAAUAUGAAUCUUGAAAAUAGAGUAAGAACACUUGAGGAAUCCAUUGCCAGAAAGGAAGAAGAUCACCAGGAGGCGAUUGCCAAGAAGGAAAGCGAUUUUGAGGAAAGGUUGCAAACAGAGAGGGAGAACCAUGAGAAAGAUGUGGCCAGGAGAGUAGAGGCUUGGGAAGCCCAAACUCAAAGCUCUGUUGGUGAAGUGGCGCAGGAGUUAGGAAGGAAACUUCAGGAGGCAAAUGAUACAAUAAGCCACCUUGAAAAUGACAUUGCAGAUUUGAAAGAAAAGGAACAGUCACUAGCAUCAUCACUUGAAGAAAAUCAAAGCAAGCAUGCAAAAUUUGUGUCAGAUAUGGAAAGUAAGGAAGCUGACCUAAAGGUCAAGGUUGAACAGCUUCAGAAGCAGCAUGAAGACUCUGUCUCCCUACUGGAAAGCAAAGAAAAGGAAAUCAGCAGUAACCUCGCAGCAAUAAAAGAAAAGGAAGCUGAGUUGCAGGAGCGCAAGCUUCGGGAGAAUGAACUGCUUGCCCUGAUCGACAAUGCAAAGACUGAAGGACAGAGUCAGGUCGAGGUUGUUAGCAAGGAAGUUGAAAACUUGCAGAGACAGGUCUCUGAAAAGGAUAACCUGUUGCUUGAGAAAUCCCAAUGCCUGGAAACGGAGGUCAGUGCUAAGAAUAAGGAGAUUCUCUCGCUUCAUGAACAGAUGAAUGCCUUAACAGAAGAAAAGGCCGGAUUGGAACAAAAGGUCAUGGGAUUCUCAAAGUUGGAUGAAGAAAAAGCCCUUGAGGUUGAGAGUCUAAAGGCAACAGGACUUAGGAAGGAUGAGGAAAUAGGAACCCUCAAAGAUGCUUUACAGGACAGGAUUAGACAUGAUGAGAAAGUUGCCACCCAAGUGCAGGAGUUGAAUCAGCAAAACACCAUGCAAAAUGAUGUCUUGGAGUCAUUGCGCAAAGAACUCAGAGAAGCAGUGGAACAGAAGGACUCAGAGCUCCAAAAACUUACUGAGGAAUUCAUGCAAAAAGAGCAGUCUCUGAAAGAAAGCCAUGAAACACACGUUGUAGAGUUACAAGAACAGAAAGAAUUGGAGCUCAAAAAGCUUACUGAGGAUUUCGCACAAAAAGAGCAGUCUCUGAAAGAAGGUCAUGAAACACACAUUGUAGAUUUACAAGAACAGAAAGACUCUGAGCUCAAAAAGCUUACUGAUGAAUUCACACAAAAAGAGCAGUCUUUGAAAGACAGCCACAAAACACAUAUUGUGGAGUUUCAAGAGAAAGUGAAGACUAAGCUUGCCACCUUGCGCAAAGAACAGGCUGAAACUACCCAGGCCAAAGACGAGGAGAUUGAACGAAUUAAAGGUGAAAUGGAGAGUAUGAGAUUAAGCAAUAUGGAAGAGAAGGAAGAACUGAAAAGGAAAGCUGAACAGCAGAUGAUAGAAUUCGAGGAAAAGCUUCAGGAGAAUUCAGAAAAGAGCCAGAGGAGAGAGGCUGAACUACAAGAGCAGCUUGGUGCCCAACAGACCCAACAUCAGGAGGAAGUUGAGCAUUUGAAGAGAGAUCAUGAAGCCAUGCUCCAGGAGAAGGAGACUUCGUUCCAGGAGCAGCUGUCGGGUCUCCUAAAUGAGAAGCAUGUUGGAAUCGAAGAGGUAACCACACAAAUGCAAGCAACUCAUCAGGAACAGUUAGACAGGAUGAACAAUGAGAUGGAGGAGAAACAGAAGGAACUUGAACAAGUGAGGGAGGAAAGUGCAGCGAAAGAAGAAAAGCUGAAAGAACAGUCGGUUCAGAAGUUAAAAGAUCUCAAGGAACAAGCCAAAGCUAAGAUUUCCAAAGUAAUUGCAACUCACAAAGAGGAGGUAGAAUCUGUCAGGGAAGACCUGGAAAAACAGUUAGCGGCUGCUACCACAGAAUUGAGCUCUUUGCAAGAACAGAGGAAAGAGGAAACCGAAAAACAUAAUUUAGAGAGGACUGAACAAUCAGAGAAUAUUGAAAAAUUAGAAAAACAAACUGCAGAAUUACAAGAACAACUCUCUACUACACAAGAAGAGUUAAAAUGUGCAGCAAAUGCACACUUAGAAGAAUCUAAAAAAUUGAGAGAGGAACAUGAAAGGCAAAUUAAAGAUAUGGAAGAGUCAGUUGCCAAACAAAUCCAAAUUGUGUCUGAAAAUGACAAGCACCAUGAGGAGAUCAUCCAUAAUCUUGAGAGUCAGCAUUCAGCAGAGAUGACUGCGAAGGACAAAGAACAGAAAAGCAAUCUUGAGCAACUAGAGCAUCAACACUUUGAGAUGAUUGAAUCAAUGCAGAAGCAAUUUGAGGAAACCCUCCAGACUGUGAAGGCAGAGAAUGCUUCCCUCAAGGAACAGCUUGUCCAUUCUGAGGAAUACAAGUCGAAGGCCAAUGACCUGGUAGACAGUAACCUUGAUCUGCAAGUCAAGCUGAAGGCAUCCGAAGACCAAAUCCAGCUGAUGGAGCGAGAGAUGCAGGACUCUGCAACAUCCUCAAAGAAGCGGUUGAACGACCUGGAGGAGGAGAAGCGGGAAGUGGAGCGGUUACUGCAGCUCCGAGAGGAAGCCAUCACCCAGGGUGACAACAGGGUACAGGAGCUGGAGGACGAGAUCAGCACUCUCCAAGAGACCGCUCAGUCCGACUCCAAGACCAAGCUGGCUGAACUGAAGAAGAAGGCAGAGGCCAAGUUGGUCCAGAUAAAGAACCAGUUCUCUCAGGAUCUGGCCAACCGGCAGAAGGAGAUGGAGGAAGCCAUGGACAUGAAAGAAGCAGACUUUUCUGAAGCUCUGAGAAGGAAGGAAAGUGAGGUGGAGGAGAUGAUGGCAAGGGCAGCCAGCUUGGACAGACAGAUGGUGGCGAUGGAAAUGACCAAUGAGCAGACGGUCUCUAGUCUAAUGAAGGAGAUUGGCGAUCUCAGAGCUCAGAUGCAUGAGGAAAGGGCUUCAGCUGACAUAAUGGUUGUAGAAGCCAGAGACCAGGUGCAGAAGGAGGUCACCCAGCAGGUGGAAUCCCAGAUCACGGCCGUCAGGGAGUCGCUACAAGGGGCGGAGGUUCAGCAUAAGGAAGAGAUCGAGAAGAGGGGUAGAGAGAUGGAGGAGCUCAGGAAUAACUGCAAGGAGCUGGAGAUGAGGCUAGAAACACUGAGUGAGGACCACAAAGCUGAAGUGAAAGAACUAACCCUGGUGCAUGAGCGCAUCCUGAGCACGCUGAAGAAGGAACAGGAGGAGAUCAUCACCAAGAAGGAAGAUGAACUAAACUCCAACCUCAAGAAGAUUCUUAGAGAGAUGAACAUCAAGAUGGCGGAGAAGGAGAAAGACAUGGAGACGAUGAUGAGAGCGACAGUUGAUAAAGGCCAGUCAGUUGAAGAGAGGAUGGAGAAAGAACACAGACAGAUCACCAAUGAGCUGCAGGUCCAGCUGGAUGAACAGUCAAGAGAACUUGAGACAAUCAGUGAGAAAUAUGAAGAACAACUUAAUGCAAAGAAGGAGGAGAAGGAAAAGAUGCGAGCCGAGUACGACGAGCGGAUAUCGUCCAUGAACAUCGACCACCAGGCCGAGAUCAACGAGAUCGAGUUCCGUCUUGAACACCAGGAGAGCCAGCAUCAGAAUGAGCUAUCAGACCUUGAAGCAAGACUUAGGAAUGAGAUGGAGGAUGUGAAGGCUAAACAUCAAGAGGAGAUUGCCAUCAUGCAGCAGGGAAGUUUUCCUACUAGUCUUCAUUAUCUAGACCCUGUUUCUAUGUCACAGAGUGACGGUGAAGGUUUAUCCAGUCAUGAUUUAGAACUUCAGAACGUUACCUUACAGGCUGAACUACAGCAGCUGAGAGGUUUAUUAGCUGAAGUCAAACUCAAGGAAAAGAGAUUAGAAGCAGAGCUUAUAUCAUUACGAGGAGGAGGUGGAGGGGCUAAUAACAUGGUCAAGGCUGGUCCUGUCCUUGCGGAGCCAACUGAAAUUGAGUACCUAAAGAAGGUUCUCUAUGAGUAUAUGAUGGGCAGGGAAACUAAGACAAUGGCUAAAGUAAUAGCCGCAGUGGUCAAGUUUUCAAGAGAACAGACUGAGAAUAUUAUAGCAAAGGAGGAACAAAAACAAGGGCUGGUCCCUGAACAUGUAUGUACUACUGUGAGCCAAAGACUCUCCCGCAACUAUGAUUUGGGCGGCUGGCUACCCAUUGACGACCCCAUCCACGGUCAAGAGGAAGGGCUCCUUGACCUACAGCUACCAGAUGCAGCAGCAUGCAGAGGAGGCGUGGCAGGAGCCUUACCUCCGGGGGGAGGAGCCGGGGCCACCGGAGGAGGCGUGGUCAGCGAAGGGGCGGUGGUGCUGAGACGGAAACGGUCGUCGCGGCGCAAGGGCGGCGUCUGGCGGGGCAGCGCGGUGCUGAGCACUGAUAUCACCUCGUACUACAGCUGCCGGGAGCACAUCAUGUUGAUCGAAGAGAUGCGCAGGUACUCCCAGGUCAGCGAUUCCGGUAACGUCGAGGAAGAAGCGUUUCGGCUCCACUCCAAUGACUUCAUGUGAAUUUAGCCUUCGAUAUGAUCUGCCAUCGUCGAACACACUCCGGCCAGAAUUCACAAAGGAAGUUUAGCGGGCAAGACCAUAUGUCCAACCCUCUAUGUACAUGGGAUGCAUGUAUAUGGAACCUUCCUGAAUUGACUUUUUAAAAGGCACUUAUGUGCCUCUUUUGUCUGCUAUCCAAGCUCAUUUCCAGAGCUGUAAAACCCCUUUGUGAAUUCUGGCCUUUCUGUUCUGCAUGUUUCUGUACAGCAGUAACCGCCACACCAUGCCAGCUAGGUAACUGAAUGAUUCCAAAGCAACUUGUAGUCUUAGCCAUGCUUAAUCAAUGAAAUCGAUAGUCCUGCCAAUUUUCUUGUCAAAUUGAAGGGGGUAUUAAUAAGAUGCAGUUGAACAACAUUGGUAGUAAUAUUGAAUACAUGUGAGUAAACAUGUAAGUUAGUGUCAUUUUUGCCCAUUAUUGCAAAUGCCUCACAUUGUGAGUGGCUCGGAUACUCCAAAGAGAGUGGAGGAUUUGGGCAAUUUCAGUGAAAUCUGAUGAACAUUCAGAGAUAUUGUUCUUACAAUCAUCACCGUAAGGUCAUUCAUUGAGGCAAGAUGAUCCCUGCAGUGAAAAGCUAUGACAAUACAAUAUAUCAUCUAUGUUACUGCCCUAAAGCUUAUGGGGGAGGGAUCCUAGAAAGAAACCUCCAAAGUGAUAAUUUUGUCCUUGCAACUUGGACAGCUAUUCUUUCCAUCUGUCAUAUUCUCCUCACCAAAUUGCUGCCAAUUUGAAAUUCAAUAGUGAUCUUAUUUUCACACAUCCACACCUUGUCUCUACUUUGUCUGAUUUCUUUAAAGACCCAUACCAGAGUUGAAGUGAAAUUGACAAAUAGGAGCUACACAGUACUUGCAUGUCAGUUUUAUGCAUAUUUAUGGCUUGGCAGCUGAGCAUUUUGCAUAAGAAAACUCAAGUUGAAUGGAUUUCAACAACAGGCUUUCUUGUUCUUUUUACCGGCCUCAAGACCAUGUUGGUAAGGAGCACAAGAAAGCCUAUUUUCGAAGCAGGAUAUGGGAUCCAUU